GAGGACAGCGACGGAGACAUUAUGUGAGAAUAUGCGUGGCUUUGCCCUCCUGAGGAGAGCUGGGCUCAGAUCUUGAGAUGACACUGUUUCAGAACAUGGUCUUCAUCAUAUAGAGGCCCAGGGGUUCACCUUUGAUGGACCAGAUGAACCUGUGGAGUAGUGGCAGAAUUGCCUGGGAAGUGUGGUUCCCCACGUUUGGGGCAAGACAUUUGAAGAGAUCUGCAGAUAUGCCAUGAAGACAUGGUGGAAAUAAACCAAGACCAGUACCAUCACCACAUGGUAUGAGAGUUAAGACAUCAUCAAUCCAGGUUCCCUGCCCAGAGACAAAGUCAUCUCUACCAUCUGCAUGGCCAGCACUCCCACCUAUCAAAAAAAGCUCCUUCAUAAAUUUCAAUUUGCAAGGGCAAAAAUCAACCAUAAUAAACCCAAAGACGGGUCUGCAGUUGACAGGGAACUGAGGCCAGUCAGGAGCAGCACCGUGCUGACAGAAAAAUAGUAUGUACAGUAUGCUCAUAUUCUGAGAAAAGCAGGGACUGUUGAGGUGGAUGAAGUGUCUUUUUUUCGUAAAAGCUUAUAGCAUAUGUUAUGUGGUCAAAAACCAGAAUAACUGAUUAAGAACAAGGCUUUGUUUUUGUGCCAAGAGUGGAAACAUGGGGAAACAGUUAGCCCUGCUCUGUCAAAAGCCAACAAAUUUUGCCUACCAGCACCUCCAAAGCUCACAGUUAACAAGUUAUGUAAAAAUAAACAGUCGACUGUGGAUUAUGUCUCAGCUAGUCUAAGAUAACCUGCUGCUGGCUUUGAUUGAUAUUUGGUUUUGUCUGUACUCAAACAGACACAAAAGGUAAGUCUUUACUCUGUGUUUGAUUUGCAAAGUAACCUAAUAAAUUUGCACCAAGGCUUGUUCUAUAUAUAUUUAAGGUCCUGAACUGCUACCAAAGAGAACCCAUCCAUUUAAGCAUUCAGUGUUCAACAAGUUUGUGAAUUGAUUAAUAUUUCAAAUUAGCACUCACUGGAGAGUAGAUGAACUUCUUGGCAGUUUAUCAGGAGAGAAGAAAUGUGUGUCAGGCAGGAUUAAAACACAAAAACAGGACUUAAAUCCCGAUAAAAUUCUGGUGAUUUAUGUUAAAAUCAGUACAGCCCAUGUAAAAUCCAAGAUGGCGCGUAAUUUCUUCCUCGCUCAUACUCACUGACUGCAGCGCUGCUGAGAAGCAUUGCGCACAGUGCUGCCACUCGUGGCUGGAAGCUAUAUUACCAUGAUGCGUAUAUAGGAUCAUAUUAAACUAUAGCAAUAUUUGAUAAAAAUCCCACUGGCUCUUUUUGGGGUUAAGUUUAAGUUUUUGUCUCUCUCUGUCUUCUAUGUCACUGUUUAAAGGAAAAAAAUGAUCUUUAACGCUCAGCUAAUGCAAUAUAGCUUCUGACCACCGGUGGCAGCACUCGACACAAGUAGAUGUACAGUAGAUGCAGGACACGCCUACUCCAUGACACACCGUCCCAGACCGCAGGCAGACUGAAGACAGACCCUUCAACCGGUGAGACGGGAAGACGCAGUCCGCUGUUUUGGAGUUUAUGUCAUAGACAACGCUAGUUUAAAACACUUCCUACAGUCCGUCGGAAUAGAUUGUCUUUCUGCUGCUUCACGUUGUAUUUUUUCCUCCCCUGGCAGGAUGUCUGCGACCAUGGCCAAGGCUGACGGGGUCACUGUGUUCACUUUGACCUCUGACCCCCAAAGUCCUUGUCCUCCACUGUGUCAAAUCCUCAAAGGCCUUUGCUACAGCCCUGUGUGCUGCUCUGUGUCUGAACACCUGAGGAGGGUCCAGAAAACUUCUCAGUCAGUCCUGGGGGCUCUGCACAUCAUGGUUGGGAUGCUCAACAUCGGCCUUGGAGCGACCCUCUUGUGCAGUGGUGGUGCUUCUUCAUGGCAAAUGGAUAGUACCGGGUUUCCUUAUUGGUUUGGAGGAAUUUUUAUCUUUUUUGGCAUCAUGAGCAUCUUGUCUGAGAAGUGCCCCAGUCCAUGUCUGGUCUUCCUCAAUGUGUUCCUGAAUCUGGCAGGAGUUUGUUUUGCCAUUGCAGCCAUCGUACUGUACAUCAUCAAUAUAGUAAGCAUGUCGUUGUGGUGGAUGUGUCAUGAUGAUUAUUGGGAAAGCGAAAGGCCAACUGCAUCUCCUCAUCAGGACAUCGUAAUGGAGAAAUGCUUGCAGGGCGAAGCACUGGUUAUGAUGCUUGCACAAAGCAUCAAUGCUGUGCUGAUCGUCCUGUCGGUCCUGGAGCUCUGCAUCACCAUCAGCUGUGUCGUGUUGGGGAUCAAAGCUCUGAAGAGCAGCGAGAAGAGAGAAGACAAGAGCGCUGAUGACCCAGAACUCUACAAAAGACUGCUGGAGGAAGUCACCACUGACCCUACAGUCUAAAUGAAAGUCUCUGCUUUACUAUCAUAUGUUACUAGAACUCUGUGCAUUUACACCAUUGACUGUAUGAACUGUAACGUCAAUGAUUUAUACAGGUUAAUGUGGUACAAUCUUUUCCUAGAAGUGUUGCUUAAAAAACAUUGCACUUAAUAUUUUAUAGUGGUAAUAUUCUGCACUUUAUUAUCUAUGCUGCUGUCCGUUUCAUUCUCUGUUGAUGUUUUUUUUAUUGUUUCUGUUUAUUAUAAUUUUCUAUCCAGUAAUGUGCCUUACAGUCACUGUGUUUGUGGUUAAAAGGACAGUUGGUGCAUGUGUGUGACAUUGAUGGACUGAUGGGUUUACUUCCUUUUUUGCUAUUUUACAAUAUUAAGCCAGUGUGAGGUGAAGACGAUGACUAUGGUAUGGUCAUUUGUAUCAUUAUAUUCCUCUUUUUCUAGAUGCUGUUUCUGGCUAAAAUGAAAGUUAAAUAAAAUGAUUAAAGCGA